AUGUCAUUUUUGCAAGAAGUCGAAGCUAAGUUUAACGCUGCUAAAGAAAGCGAAGAUUUGAUCUCUUUCAAUACUACAGAGGUUGAGAAAGAAUGUGAUAAAAUCAAGUUCUUAAUCACUUUAGUACCUGGUCUUUCACAAAAAAAGAACGAGGAAAAAGAAAAGAAUAAGGACAAAGAAAACAGCAAUCCUUUUUUGAAUCCCAACCCUAAAUUGUUCGUUAAGGAACUUGAUCAACAUAAUCUUCUUUUGAAUAAAUUCUCAGUUGUACCCAACCAUUUGCUCAUUACCACGAAAGAAUUCCAUAAGCAAUCCGAUCCUCUUUUACCAAAUGAUAUAUAUGAAGCUUUCAAAAUCAUUCAAAACUUCGGUUCAGUACCCUCUCUUGCAUUUUACAACUGCGGUUCUGAAUCAGGUGCAAGUCAAGGCCACAAGCAUCUUCAAGUCAUUCCUUUGAAGAACGAAGGUGCUCAACCACCAAUUAAAGCCCUCUUCGACCUCAUCGGCGACCGCCAAAUUGGCCAAAUUUACGCCUUGAAUAGACUCCCUUUCGUGCACGUUAUUAUCCCCCUUGACCACAACACUAUUCAAACCAAGGCUAACACUAAAGAAACCCUCACUGAUUAUUUGGCCGAAACCUUCUUUGGCCUUUUGGAUGCCAUGAUUCAGCAAUUACGUGAAAACGACAGCCCAAUGACUAUGUCUUACAAUUUCUUAUUGACUCAAGACUUUAUGAUGCUCGUACCUCGUUUAAAAGAGGUAGCUACUAUUGAGCAUGAAGGAAAGAAAUACGAUUUCUCACUUAAUUCUUUGGCUAUUGCUGGUUUGAUGCUGUGUAAAUCCGACGAAGAAUUGAAGGCUCUCGAAGCUCAAGACAAUUUAGUGGAUAUUUUGACCCAAGUAACCGUUCCUUUGAAUCCUGUAGCUGAGAGAUUGAAAGCAGAGAGAAGCCAGGCCGAGGAAGCCGAUUUAGCUUAG